GACGGAGCAGAGCGGAUUCGGGACGCGCUGCAGGACGGAGGAGCGCUUAUGCAAAUUUCUAAGCGCGCAUUUCUUUGCUCUAUUUUAAACCCUUCCUAUGACGGAGCUCGUCUCAGCACAAGUUUGGCUGUGCUUUGCAGGCGAUUUCUUCUAUGCGUAAAUGUGUGCGUAAUUAUGUGCGUAAAAGUGGCUUAGCAAGUGCCGUAGCGCUAAAUGAAGAUAUCACUGCAUUAUUUAUGAUCCGCACAACUUUUAUAGGAACAACGUGCCCACUCUGCACACUCCUAAGAUUGCACAAACCACUGUGUGACCGAGGCAGAUUUUUGGAAAAGAAAAAAGCGAAUUAAAUACAUACAAGAACGUAUUUUUAUGAGUUAUAAUAAACAAUAACUAGUUAUUUUUCCUCCCUCCAGCUCUGCGCAAGCGCACUGGCCACUCGCUGUCACCAAGACAUUUUUCAUCACGUUGGAAACUGUCACCGGUGACGUCAAUCACGGCGCUCUGACCAAUUAGAGCGCGGGGUGAUUGUUUAGCUCCACGGGCUGCAGCGCCUACCAUGAAUCUCUAUUCAGUAUCAAAGCGUCCUGCUGCUGCCUCUCAACCGAAUGGGAUUCCAUGUUGUCUGCAGAUAGACUUAACUUUAAAAAGUUUUUUUUCUCUUUUUUUCCCUUUUAUUUGUCAUUGCGAUUAAAAUAUAUUUGUCAUCAUCAUUAUUAUUUUGCCUGCUGUCAAGUUAUUCUAAAAUUAGGAAGUAAUGAGCGUGGAUGCUUUGGGAAGCCCCGUGAUGGACCCUGCGUUUUCCAAACGGAACACGGCGCUGAGAUUAGUUGACUUGGCAGGGGCUCACCACCAUCACCAUCAUCACCACCAUACCCCUCAGAGCGUGACAGGCUUCCCGGGGUUCAGCAGCUAUCCACACUCAAUGGCUCACGCGCACCCUGGGGAGAUUACUGCGGAACCCCGCCUGGGGCCGAGUCCAUUCGGGCCAGAACACAUGGGGCACUCCGCGGCCCUCAAAAUCAGCCCAGCCCAUCAUUAUCCCCACCACCAUCACCACCACCACAAUCAUCAUAUGGCAGGCCACAGCGAAGUGGUCUCCAGUCAAACGGGAGCUUUUGGCCCGGUUCAGGCGACGUCGGUCCCGUAUUCCAUGUCGGCCCAGGCUCUAUCCGCAGGUAGGGACUUCCUCAUCCGGAGAGAUCUGACGGCUCAAGCCAUGCCAGCGCUCGCCGAGCAGACUGCUGGUUCAGCCUCUCACCACGGAAUGUUUGUCUCAACAACAGGUAGCUAUCCCGGACACUAUGGCCACCACCCCGACGCUGGGAACCACACCACCCUCUUCUCCGGACUCCACCACGAGCAGCCCUCCAGCGGAUCCCCGGGUGGCCCGGCGCUGAAUGGACAAAUAAGGUUAGGACUACCUGGAGACAUGUACGUUCGGUCUGAUCACUUGAGUCAAGUGGCAAGCUCCAGGGCUGAUCCGUUCUCCGCCUCGCCUCUGCAUGGCUACGGAGGUCUGAAUCUGAACAUGAAUCUGAGCGCUCACCACCACCACCACCACCACCACCCUGGCGCCGGGGCGUUUUUCCGCUACAUGAGGCAGCCGAUCAAGCAGGAACUGAUCUGCAAGUGGCUGGAGCCGGAGCACUCGCCCAAGAAACUCUGCUCGAAAACUUACAGCACCAUGCACGAGCUCGUCACGCACGUGACGGUGGAGCACGUCGGAGGACCCGAGCAGGCGAACCACAUCUGCUUCUGGGAAGAGUGUCCGAGGGAAGGAAAGCCGUUCAAAGCGAAAUACAAACUUGUGAAUCACAUUCGGGUGCACACCGGAGAGAAGCCGUUCCCGUGCCCGUUCCCUGGCUGCGGGAAGGUGUUCGCCAGGUCCGAGAAUCUAAAGAUCCACAAAAGGACUCACACAGGUGAGAAGCCCUUCAAGUGCGAGUUUGACGGCUGCGACAGACGCUUUGCGAACAGCAGCGACCGGAAGAAGCACUCGCACGUGCACACCAGCGACAAACCCUACAACUGCAAAGUGAGAGGCUGCGACAAGUCCUACACGCACCCGAGCUCCCUGAGGAAACACAUGAAGGUGCACUGCAAGUCCCCUCCGCCCAGCUCGGGCUACGAGUCCUCCACCCCCUCCUUGGUGUCCCCCUCUUCAGACUUGGGCCGGGAGCCCGGGGGCUCCUCGCUGCUGUCGGAGCCGGUUGGAACCUCUCAGCCGGCCAAUUUAAGCGAGUGGUACGUGUGUCACAGCUCUGGUGCCAGCGGCGCCCAAACACCACCCAGCGGCCAGUCCACCCCCGACCCCGUGGAGGAGCCUCCGUACAGGAACCCACCGCAGAGGGACGCGUUUUAAACCAGCUUUUGGUGCCUGUUGUGCCCCCCCAGACACAUUUAUAUUGUUAUUUUUAUUAGUUGGCACCAAAUAAGCUUCCAAAUGCAAACAGACGCACUUGAGAGAACUUGGAAAGGAAAAUGCGCAAACUUCAGAGACAAUUUUGCCCAUUUUUAUUGGUCCAGAGAAAGUGGUGCAAUUCCACCAGAACUUGCAUCCUGACAUGAUGCUGUAAAAAUGUAUAUUCCUCAUUUUAUUUUUUUCCCUAUUUAUUUUUCGACCUAAUAUUGAGUAAUUUUUGUAUCAUGAACCAAAGUGCAUGUUCCAAUUCGAGCAGAACGCUGUACAUUUGUACAUUUUUAUACAUUUCUCUCCCCUUUGAUGUGUUGGUGUUUUGUAAGAAUCUGUCUCAGAGCGUUUUGUACAAAUAUUUUAUGUUUACAUUUUUUUUUAUUAUUAGUGCAACAAAAAACAAACAAACAGGUAAGAAAAUCAAACCAGCUGUUUUCAUGAGCUUAUACAGUACUUGGUAAAACGAUCGUGAAUUAUUCUAAAUGUUUUAUGAAUCCGGGGGAAGGGGAAUAAUUGUGAAUUUUGUAUUUUCGUCGUCAAUGUUUUUAUUUUUAUUGGAGCUGAAACCGAACCUGCCUUGUAAUUUGUGAGUAUUUUGAAUAAAUCUUGUAUGAAAGUGAGAA